CUAAAUUGCCCUUUUUAUGAAAGCUAACACAACGGACCUUCCUUCAACCUAAAACAAAAUCUCUGCAGUUCCCAGCUUCAGGCGACGGCGCACUCCGGCGAGAGAUCGGUCCUUCACGGCGAACUCCACCUCAGGCGACGGCGAACUCAGGUAUUUGGAACAUAUCGUCAAAUCAGUAUCAUUUCACAGCAUGUGAAAAUUGUUUGUGUUUCAAUCCAAUGCCAACAAUGUGACAAAAAAUUUGCAAGAGGUGAGAUGUGCGUUUUUACCGGGAUGUGUAAAUCAUGUACAACCAACUUUAACAUUACAACCCUGCAGCUAGCAUUAAUUUGAAUUCGUGUUUGUAUUUCUUAGGUUUUGGUUUUCUAAUAACUAAUUUUUCUGGAGAUUCCAUGGCUGCUUCUGAUGCUGAGAACCUUGAGGAGAAGUUGGCAUCUUUGCUUGGCCAGCUCCACUUAGAAAGUGGCAUUCUACACAAAAUGAUUUAUAAGAAUAAGAACCAGCACCGCCGGAGUUCCUAUUUUCGUUAUCUUUUGCAGGUAAGGAGAGAUUUAAGACUUCUACAGGCUACCAAGUUGGAGGAGUUGGUAAGUUCCUGCUUUCAAGUUAUCGAUGGAAAGAAACCUAAGCAAAAGAUUCAUCUUUUAGAAAGUUUGAAACGGAGGAAAUGUGAAGUUGGGAAAUAUAAUUUCAUGGAACGGCUUCUGGGGGCUGCACGGUUACUGUCAGAGAUGGUAGAGCCAAUUUUCAAGGCAGCUACCGAGAUAUCUAUAUUGCUUGCUCGAAUGUUUUUCACAGGCUUUUGUUUUAUGAUUUUGGCAUUACUGGCGCGGAUUCGGGUGUUAGUUCAACAAAUAUUACUCAAUGUCGUUUCGGUAUUCAACAUGGUUUCAUCUAUCUCGCAAAAGAAACAUAUAGUUAGAAUAAACCAGGAAGGAAUUGAGGUCUUUCGAGAAUUCUUCCCAACAAAUGAUGAAUUUGUCUUAUUAGAAUGUGUUUGGAAAGAAGACAAAUUUGUGUUGCAAGAGACGAAACAAAAAAUUGAGACUAGGAAUUGGGAAGAACAUCCUGGACCAAGUGUUUCUUCGGCCACCUCAGCUGUACGAUAUCAGAGCAUUGAAUCUUUUCUUGAAGAUGAUGAAUCUGAUAUCAAGCAGGCAGAUGCAAAUCAAAGCAUUGAAGGUGUUGACCUUAUGAAAAUGAGUAAGAAUGACUUGCUAGCAAGCCUCUCCAAGGAAGAUAAUACCACAACAAGAGACGGUUCGGUCUGUCCUGCGGAGACCUCGAGCAAGACAUUGUUGCCCCAAGAAGGUAGUUUGCUCAUGAACUCAAGCCCCUCCUCAGUUGGUGCGAAAAAAUCGGACUCAAAGAGACCAGCAUUUGUUUCAGUGAAAAAUCCGAAACCGAUUGCGUCUAGUGCAGUUGGAAUUCAAUUCAAUGAAACAAAAGUUGAUAGUGAGUUAGAGGAGGAUCAAUUUUUCACUUUGCUCACAGGUGGGGGAGCCAAAAGUAGUCUGUUCUAGCAGAGUAUUUUAGCAAGCAGUUAAAUUUUUUUGCAAAAGCAUAUAUUUUAUUUUCAAUGUCAAAUUGUCCAAUAGUAUUUAUUCAUAAAUUUUAACAAGCUGUGCAGUAAAAUUUUUGUAGGGUUAUAUUGAGCUUGAAAACAAGUUGAAACCUUGAACCAUUAAGUUAGCUACAAUUUUGUAUAGAUGAUUUAGAGCCUACUGGAUAACAUUCUCAAUUUUUGUUUAA